AUGGCACUGACACUAACACUGGCCACUUCCGUUCAUCUUCCCAAUUCAACCUCCGUCGCGCGUCCCCGCAUCCUCGCCGCUGAUUCUCGUCACCGAUCGCGGCUUCCGCGGCCUUCAUCGUCAAUCGCUAACUUCCAGCUCAGAUUUCCGUCGACAACGUAUUGCAGCGAGGAGCUUCGCUGCCUCUGCUCAUCGUCUUCCGCUGCAUCUCCUAUGCAAUUCGAAGUCUCCACUCCGAAUUCUCAGGUCUUAUUGUCUGGAGUGAUCAAUUUUGUUUAUUGGGUUACGGAAGGAGUGAUUGCUUGGAAUGUGGAUGUUGGUGAAGGGUCAUGUUACUUGUAUGCGAGCAGAAUCGCUGGUUUAUCAUUCAGCGAGGAUGGAAUUGAUGGUUUUGAUUUAAGAGUCAAGCUUGAAGUUGAGUCUGGAUCACUUCAUACCAAUGUGAUUGAGAAGUUUCCACGUAUUGGGAAUUACAAACCGUUCAAAGUUCCAUCGGAUUUGGAUACCAGGGAUCUUGUCAAAAGCCAAUUAGCUAUUGUUUGCUUCGAUGCCGAAGGACGGCUUAUACAGGGAACUGGGUUGCAACUGCCUGGCGUCUUAGAUGAAUUGUUCUCAUAUGAUGGUCCCCUAGGUGCAACUUUCGCACAAGGAGGAGGUGUCUCUCUUCACCUCUGGGCUCCCACUGCUCAAGAGGUUUCUGUGUGCAUCUACAAAAACCCACUUGACAAGUAUCCGACGGAAAUCUGCCCAUUCGAAGAGGUUAAUGGUGUGUGGAGCACUAACGGACCGAGUAGUUGGGAAGGAUGCUAUUAUGCGUAUAAAGUAUCAGUAAGCACCUUGAAAGUGGAAACUUGCUAUGCCAAUGAUCCUUAUGCACGAGGGCUUUCUGCUGAUGCGAGCAAAACUUAUAUGGUCAAUCUUGAUUCUGAUGAUCUUAAACCUGAAGGAUGGGAAAAAUUGGCAGAUAAGAAGCCAUGCCUAAGAUCCCACUCAGAUAUAUGUAUUUAUGAGCUGCAUGUGAGGGAUUUCAGUGUCUAUGAUGAGACUGUCGAACCUGAACAUCGUGGGGGAUAUCUGGCUUUCACUUUAAAGGAUUCUGCAGGUGUGAAACAUCUUCAAAAGUUAGCGGAUGCAGACACCAGUGUGCUGGAAGGAUUACCACCUGAUUCAGCUGAGGCACAAGCUCGUAUUACAGAAAUCCAGAAUGAUGAUGGCUUUAACUGGGGGUAUAAUCCUGUGCUCUGGGGAGUCCCAAAAGGAAGCUACGCUAGUGAUCCGACUGGUCCAUGCCGUAUUAUUGAAUUUAGAAAAAUGGUUCAGGGUCUUAACAGUAUCGGUCUUAAUGUGGUCUUAGAUGUUGUUUACAACCACUUGCAUGCAAAUGGACCACACAACAAAGACUCUGUUCUUGACAAGAUAGUUCCAGGUUACUAUUUGAGAAGGAACAAUGACGGUUUUAUUGAAAACAGUACCUGCGUAAACAACACUGCCAGCGAGCAUUAUAUGGUCGAUCGUCUGAUACGGGAUGAUCUAUUAAAUUGGGUUGUUAAUUACAAGGUUGAUGGAUUCCGUUUUGAUCUCAUGGGUCAUAUAAUGAAAGCUACAAUGGUAAAAGCAAAAUCUGCAAUUGGUAACCUGAGAAAGGAAACAGAUGGAGUUGAUGGUUCAAGAAUUUAUUUAUAUGGUGAAGGAUGGAACUUUGGGGAAGUUGCUAACAACGGACGUGGAGUUAAUGCUUCACAGUUCAACUUAACCGGGACUGGAAUUGGAAGUUUUAAUGACCGUAUACGAGAUGCAACUCUUGGUGGAUCUCCAUUUGGUCAUCCUCUUCAACAAGGAUUCAUUACAGGUUUAUUGCUACAGCCUAACGGUCAUGGGCAAGGUUCAGAAGAUACCCAGCAGCUGAUGCUUUCUACUGCCAAAGAUCACAUCCAGAUUGGAUGGCUGCAAAUUUGA